AUGGGCCGGCACCGCUCGGGCGCAGGCAAGGCGGUGCCCGCGGAGGCCGAGGAUACGGACGGCGUGCCGGUGCGGUAUGGCGAGGAGGUCGGCGAGAACUCGCUGGUCGUGGAGGUCGUCGACUUCCUCUCGGACGGGUCCAAGGAGAUGCAGAUCGUGUCCUCGCACUUCGCCGUGAGGUUCAAUCACGUCGUCCGCAAUGCCCCGAAUUCGCAGUACAAUCCGAACAAGAAGAACGAUGGCAGCUUCAAGAAGUGGCUCGUCAAUUGGGGGUUCGAGGUGAACCCCACCUACGAUCGCAACAAGUCCAUGGUCUCGAUUCCGAGGAGCGGGUUGCCAUCGUGGACGGCCAAGCUUCUCAAGCCGGCCAAGGCCAAAGCCAAGGCGAAGGCCAAGGAGCAGGCGAAGAAGAAGGAGGAAGACCUGGCAAAGUCGCCGCACGUGGCGAAGGAGGAGGAGGUGGACGACGAUCCGUACAUCCCAGAGGAGCCGACCUCCAGUGCGGGGCCGUUCAAGCCGCUGCACGGCAAGGACACGGAGGAGGCGUUGGCGCUGGAGGCAGAGGCGCUGUCCUACAUCCGGGAGCGCGGACCGGUGGACAUCGGGGCGCUGCGAUCGGUUGAAGACUUGGGCACCCGCUUCAACAAGUUCUUCUUCCGCAAGCAAAGGGUGAACGACGGAUCAUGGAAGCGCUGGCUGGGGUCGAUGCCCGACGUCGAGUUCAUCACGGGGGAGUUGGCGAGCGGGCUGGGGCCAGUGGCAGGGCGAUCGGGGGUGGCAGCGCAGCUCGGCAGCGCAACCAUGGAGGUCAUCGGCAGCCUCACGGCGUUGCAGCUACCACCGCACGAGAAGAAACUCGCGUACCUCGUCUCGGACGCGGGUCGAGGCAGCCCUGGCGACGCGCUGGACGCUGAGUCCCAAGACGCUGAGGCUCGCCUGGACCGCCUCAGGCACCCGUGGCCGCAGGCUAUCUCCCCCGUGGACGCGGCGCUGCUGACAUUGGGGCGGUGCGGUUGGCGCUUCGAGGACGAGCCCGUGGAGUUCGAGAUCUAUUGCUGGAGCCGGCCCGCUUCAGGGCGACUCGAGGGCAUGCUGUUCACUGACGGUUCCGCCUUCGUGGGGCAGCUCAGCCGCGACGGCGAGGAUUUCGCGAUCUUCGCACUCCCGCACGCGGCCGCGGGGCGACUCGACCUCUUCGUCGACUGCGCUGGGACAGAGCUGAUGCCGAUGUUGUUUGACGUCGCCCGGGAAGCCGCGCGGUGGUCGGGGGAGCUCCACGCCGUCCUAGCCGACGUUGUCACGAUGGUUUGCGACAACUUGGAGGCCCAGACGCGGGAACAGCAGGAGGAACAGCAGCAGGAGGAUGCCGCGGACGUCGCUGGCGCUGCUGACGGUGCCGCUCCAGAGGAGGCCCCGCUGCCCGCGACCGGCGAUCGCCGAGGAAUGGUUGGCAUGCGUGCCGCACCUUCGCAUGCGCUCCAGGCCGCUGAGGUCGCAGCCCCAGGCCGGCCACCCCAGACCCUGGUGGUGGCAAGCGUGCGGUGCGGAGCAUGCGGCACGAAGUACGCCCACAAUCUUGCAGGGACGUGCCACGGGGCAAACACCACGACGCUGCGGUGCCAGAAAGCGCGCCUCUCGGAUGGACGCCAUCCUGGACACCGUCAGUGCAUCGCUUGGGUGCUCUUGCGGCUACGGGGGCCCGCCCCAGAGGGCAGCGGCUGGCCCGGCCACGGCGGCAGGGCGCGCAGCUUGGCAGGCAAGCGGCGUGACGCCCAUGCUCUGACCAGGGCGGAGCUCCUAUCUGCAUACGGUUAG